AUGGAGGCUAGCAGGGAGGUGGUGACAUGGGAGCGUUUCAAGGAAGAGCUUUGGUCUAGAUUUGAACCGGCUGGGAAAGGCGCGAGUGAAGAGAAUCUUAUGAAUCUGAGACAGGCAGGGCCAGUUGAUGAGCACAAACUGGAGUUUGAGAAGCUAACGUAUCACUGCCGAGGCUGGCAUGUGAGUACUCUAAUCAAUGCUUAUUUGGCAGGAUUAAAAUCAGCAAUUGCUGGUGGAGUUCGUCAGUUCCAGCCUGAAUGGUUGCGAGAGGCAUUUCGAUUGGUGAAGGGGAGGGAGGAGGAGUUGGAAGAUAUGCGUCUUGGGUUAGAGGCACCAGUUGGGAAUGUGGCUACACCAGCGCGGGCACCGCCCUACGUUCCAUUCGGAGUUAUCAAGCGUACCCCAGCAGAGAUCGCAAGGCGACGAAGGGACGGGAUGUGCUUCAACUAUGAUGAGCGAUUCACAAUCGAUCAUCAUUGUCCAGGCCAUGAGUUGUUCUUGAUGGUCGGCGAUUUUCCGGAUGACGUUAGAGAAUAA